AUGGGCAGCCAGCUGGAGCGAUCGCCCCAGACGGCGUUUCCCUCUUACAAGCGCGCCCGCGUGGACGCGGUGGCGCCGGAGGACCGGCUGAGCGACCUGCCGGACCACCUCCUGCACGAAAUCAUCGGGCGCCUCGGGUCCUGGCAGGCCGCGCAGACGAGCGCGCUGUCGCGGCGGUGGAGGCACCUGUGGCGCUCCGCGCCCUGCCUCCACAUCGACCAGCGGCAGUUCCCGGGCAGCGACAAGCCCGGCUCCCGGCAGCGCGCACGCUUCGAGGACUUCGCCGACGGCAUGCUCGCGUCCUUCGCCGGCGUCUCGCUGCCUCUUACCGCAUUCCGCCUCUACUUAGUCGACGGCAGGAGCACGGCCUCCUCCGAGAGGUGGAUCCGCCGCGGCCUCAAGCGCUGCCCGACCAGCGUCGGCAUACGCUCCAGCUACGCCGACCACAGCGGCGUCGUCCAGUGGCCGCCUCGCCACCUAGACAUGGGCGCCGUCGCCUGCCGCCUGACGUGCCUCCGGCUCGCUGGCGUGACUCUACGAGACGGCUUCGGGGAGCAGCUCGGCGCGCAGUGCCCGGUCCUCCAGGUCCUGCGCAUCGACAGCUGCCACCACCAGUCCUACUGCGCCAUCGUCUCACCCACGCUCAAGAGCCUCGAAGUCACCUUUCCAACUCGCUACUCCGAUCAUGUCACCUUGGCCAUCGCGGCUCCUCGCCUCACCUUCCUCCUCCUCCGCGUCCCGUUCGGCGGCGAGGGCGGCAACCCGGUGAUCACUGCUCCAGGGCACGAGGCGCUGCCGUCGCUCGUCACGGCGUUGAUCAGCAUAUCUGAUCGAGAUUGCCGGCCGAACAAACGGGCUAACAAGACCAAGCUCGAGUUCCUGAGAUCCAUGCGCGGCUUCCUGGCCCGAAUAUCCAAUGUCACCAACCUACGGCUGGAGGGAUUCACCACGACGGUACGCAUUCUAUGGCUUGUGUGA